AUGGCAGCGUCGCCAGAAAGCGCAUCCGCCAUGGAGGUCCUGCAGAAAGAUUACCAGGACACCAUUAUGGAGCUCACGGGCAAGAAGAAGGAGAUUGUGGAUCCCUUCCGGCUCGAGUACGAGAAGCUCUAUAAGGCUUUAAUGCGCUCGCAUGAGGCGGAGAAGCGCCUGACCAAGAAGAUCCGCGAUCUGAAUGCGGAGAUUAGCACCAGUGCACAAAACGUGCAGAAUGCCCUCAGCACCGCGGCGGAGGAUCAGAAGCAGAUCGAAAGCCUUAGGCAGGAGAUCCAGGCCCGUGAGGAGCAGAUCGAGGAGACGAACCGGAAGGAAGAGCAGGCCAAAGAGACGAUCAGCAAGCGGAAAAACGAGAUCGAUGAUAUGAUCACGAGGAUAGAGCAGGGUGUGGGUAUGUCCGAGGAGCAGGAGUUCCAGCUGAACCAGCUAGUUGGUCAGAAGGAACACAUGGACAAAGACAAAGAGCUCCUGAAACAGAACACUGAGAUGCUGCAGAGGAUCACGCAGGGCCGUCUGGACGAGGUUCAGCACCUCGAAAAGGGACUUGGUGAGGCGGAGGCGCAGAUCUUAGUCAUGAAGGAGAAGAUUGGAGAGAAGCGGGGCGAGGUGGAGGUUGCCAAGCGGCAAAAAGAUGAGCUGGAGCAGACGAUGAAGGACCUGCGGGAGGAGAACGACCAGAAGCAGGAGGAGCUUGCGGCCGCCAGGAGGAACAUCGCCACGGAGCAGACGGAGCUGCGGAAGAUCCAACAGGCGGUGGCCGACACGGAGAAGGAGGAGGAACGACUAGAAAGGCGAGUGCACCAGCGCAUGGACGAAAAGCGGAAGCUCGAGGAAAAGUUGGAGCAGGAGCAGCACAAGAACCAAAAGUUCGCGCAGGAGAGCGAGGAGAAGGAGCGUCUGCUCAAGGGGCGAAGGGACGAACUGCAGCGGACCAAGAAAGAGAAGGAGAAGGUGAUCCGAGCUUACGAGGUCUUGAAGAAGAAGGACAAAGCAACUGAGGAGGAGCGCCAGACGAACGAGAGCAAGCGCAAUGAGCUCAAAUCAGACGUGAAGAACCACCAGGAGAAGUCGGAGGUCCUGAAGCGGGAUGCCGACGUCGACAGGAAGAAGAUUGAGGACCUCCUACGGGAAAGAGACAUCCUGAACAAGAAUGUCGUCAAGGCUGACGAGCGCACCAAGAAGCAGAUCGACUUAGUCAAGCGCCAGGAGACCCAGGCGAUGAAUAUGCAGAAGGACAUCACUCGAUGGAAGCAGGAUGCUCAAGACUUCCAGAAGCGCAUCAUGGAGCUUGAGAAGCAGCGAGAGAAGUACGGCAUCGAGCUCUCCCAGGCACCCCCCCCGCAAAGGCACAGAUGCUCGGUCUUGCAGAAUUUAGAACAGCUCGCUGCUCUCCACGUGCCCUUCCCUCGCUUCUUGCUCGUCUCCGCUAUGGCGUGCCCGAAGCACCUCGAGCAAAGCAUCGCGACGUCCUUGCGACAGCAUCUGAACGUUGGCAAGGACAGUGCGACGACAAACGAGCUCCAGAAUGCCUUCGAGCUAAGCCAGGAGUUCAGCCGUACCAAGUUCGACAUCCUGGAUCAAGCAUCGGACCUGGGACUGGAGGUCAAGGACGUCUACUACAAUGCCAGCCCGGCUGUGCUUUACGAGCAGGCGCUGCGUCACGAGGAAGGUAGCUUCAUCACGGCCUCGGGUGCCCUGUCGGUCACGAGUGGCAAGAAGACCGGCCGAUCACCCAAGGACAAGCGCAUCGUGGAGGAGUAUGACAGCGUGCGCGACAUUUGGUGGGGCAAGGUCAACAUUAAGUUGGAGGAGGCUGUGUUCGAGAUCAACCGUGAGCGAGCCGUGGACUACCUGAACACUCAGAAAAGGCUUUACGUUGUGGACGGCUUUGCAGGCUGGGACGAGGAGUACAGAAUCCCCAUCCGCGUCAUCACCUCCAGGGCAUAUCAUGCUCUCUUCAUGCAGAACAUGCUGGUUCCGCCGUCGAAGUCGGAGCUCUACCAGUUCGAGGCCAGUGCCUUCCCCCGGCCGUUCGUGAUCUUCAAUGCAGGCUGCUUCCCAUGCAACCGGCACACCGCGGGCAUGACCUCAACCACUUCCGUGUCCUUGUCGCUCUGCCGGGGAGAGAUGGUGAUCCUUGGCACGCAGUACGCUGGGGAGAUGAAGAAGGGAGUCUUCACGGUGAUGAUGUAUCACAUGCCUUUGCGACCUGAGCGGCAUCUGGGCCCUGCAGAAAGGGCGCUGCCACUGCACUCUUCCUGCAAUGUGGGCCCUGAGGGAGAUGUGUCCCUGUUCUUCGGGCUUAGUGGGACAGGGAAGACGACUCUCAGCGCGGACCCGGCGAGAAAGCUGAUUGGGGAUGACGAACAUGUCUGGACGUCAAAGGGUGUCUUCAACAUCGAGGGCGGCUGCUACGCCAAAUGCAUCAACCUCUCGCGGGAGAAGGAACCCGAGAUCUACGAUGCUAUUCGCUUCGGCAGUGUGCUGGAGAACGUGGUCUUCGAUGAGUGGAGCCGAAAAGUUGACUAUGACAACGUCUCCCUCACGGAGAACACACGGUGUGCAUACCCCUUGCACUACAUCCCCAACGCGCUGAUCCCGGCCAAGAUCGACAGCCACCCAAGCAACGUGAUCCUGUUGACCUGCGACGCCUUCGGUGUGCUACCACCGAUCUCCAAGCUCACCAAAGAGCAGGUGAUGUACCAUUUCAUCUCCGGCUACACCGCCAAGGUCGCCGGCACGGAGAUGGGAGUUACGGAGCCGCAGGCCACCUUCUCGGCUUGCUUCGGGGGUCCCUUCCUGGCCAUGCACCCCUACCACUAUGCGGAGAUGCUUGCAGCGAAGUUAGAGAAGCACGGGGGUCAUGCCUGGCUGUUGAACACCGGCUGGGUGGGUGGUGCCUACGGCGUCGGCGAGCGGUGUCCACUGAAGUUCACCCGUCAGCUGGUGGAUGCCGUGCACGACGGCACACUGGCGGGCCUGGAGGACGAGGACUGGGAGCCCCUGCCUAUCUUCGGCCUCCGAAUGCCCCGGAAAGCCGUGAAGGGCGUGCCCAGGGAGAUCCUCUGCCCGGAGGCUGCCUGGAGGUCCCGUGGCCAGUCCUCUGCGGAGUUCUGGGCCGCGGCCAGCAAGUUGGCCUUGCUAUUCCAGAACAAUUUUGAGGAGUACGCUCCGCAGUGCCUGCCGGCCGUUGUACAGGCAGGCCCGCAGGCACCAAAGGAGGCGUCCGGCUACCCGUGA